GGCGGCAACAAAAUGACUUUCGUUAACAAGCUGAGCAAAAGCUUCCGCUGGCUGCGCUGCUCGACAUUGUGCGCAAUUUUGUUUUAUAUGUUCUUCAUUGGCCUGAUCCUGCACAGCACCAGCCAGAAGUUGCAGCAGCAGCUAAAGGAGCAGGGAACCAGCAGUAGCAGCAGCAGUAGCAGCAGCAGCAGCAGCAGCAGCAGCACGCAGGCAGACACAAAAAUGGCGACCAACGUGGGGCAUAAUGGCGCCCAACGUUGGCCGAAUACGCUGCAGGAACUGGAGCAGCAGCAACAAAAACACGAGCAAAGCAUGAGGCUCCAGCCUGUGGCAAACAAUUUGGAUUCGGGGAACGAGAAUAGCCAGCUUCAACCCCAUUCCCAGCCGCAAAAAGUGCAAAAUGCCAGCAAAUCCCCUAACCAGCCAGAAACAGUUAUUUUAGCGGCCAGCAAUGUGAAUGAGAAGCAAAUACUGGCAAAAGCUUUCAAACGUGCCGAUCGCAGUCGCGAUGGCAUUCUCUCAAUCCAGGAAUUGGGGCAGUACAUAAAUCGCCGGAUUGUGGAGCACAUUGAUGAGGCGAUUAUGAACAAUGCCCGCGAGUUCCGCCGCGUGGAUAUUGGUCCUGCGGAUGGUCUGAUCACCUGGGACGAGUACCACCGGUUCUUUCUUAGGGAGCACGGCAUGACGGAGGCGGACAUCGAUGAGCACGACGAGAUUCGCCACACUGCGCUGAACCGCAGGGCCAGGGAGGACAUGAUGAGGGACAAGGCCCGGUGGUCGGAGGCAGCUCGCACCGAUCUGUUUACACUGACCAUCGAUGAAUACCUGAGUUUUCGCCAUCCCGAGUCCAGUGUAUCCAAUCUCUUGGAGCUGGUCGAUGAUCUGCUGCGUCAAUUCGAUCAGGAUGGAGACGAUCAGCUAACCCUGGAGGAAUUCUCCGAUCUGAAUGUGGACGAUGACGACGAUCUGAUGCGGAAAUCUCUGAUAUCGAAGACUUUGGUGGAGCGACGCGAGGAGUUCAAGCGGAUCAUCGAUAAGAACCACGACGGCAAGGCCGAUCGGGGUGAGCUCCUGAACUAUGUGAACCCCAAGACUCCGCGGUAUGCCCUCCAGGAGGCGGCCACUCUGUUCAGCCUGUGCGACGAGAACAAGGAUGAGCUGCUGACCCUCAAAGAGAUGACUGACCAUGCCGAGAUAUUUCUGCAAUCCAAGAUGAUCGACACGGCGAAUAGUUUUCACACAGAGUUCUAGCUUAAUUCUUCACCAUCACUAAACCUUUCACCCCUUAAGCAUUUAUAGUGAUAUUAAUUUGUAAGUUUUGGCACCUAAAAUAGCUAAUUUAGUAGCAAAGCGUCUUUUUGUUAAUAAUUUCUUUAAACUACUUGGAUCAGUUGUAAAGCAUGAUGUAAGAAAAUCAUUUCCUUUGUGAUUUUUCAAUAACUAGCUUUUAAGGAUGCAAAGCAAACAAUUUGACACAAAUACUCUCCGAAUAAAUAUACGUAAUUGUACGAAAUUUC